AUGGUUGAUAUAAGACCUACGAAGAGUAACGCCACCAUGACGGGCCAAUCUCAUGGUUUCGUAGUGGAAACCUCAAUGCAACCUCACAGAAUCGUGGCUGCCAACACCUUGCAGCAUUCUCCUAGUGCUCUACAACCGCCUUCAGUUGUUGGAAUUGCAGAACAGCCGCCGCAGACAGCUGCUGGAAUUGUAGAACAGCCGCUACAUGACCCUGAGACCUCCACAGCCUUGCAGCCGCAAGCGUCGAUUUCCGGAGCUGCUCUGACGCAUUAUCCUGCCGUCAGAGCACAUCAGCAGCCACCCCACUCAGUUGCCAAAAUUGCUGCACAGCCCCACGGCUACUUUGACACCAUCCCAGUCUUGGAGCAGAUCCAUUCUCUCCCUCCACUACAACCACACUUGAUGUAUGCACCUGUGUACGAGUCUAAUGAAGCCCUAUCCCAUAUGUGGUUAGGCCCAAUGCACACCACUCUACUUAACCCGCACAGUCAGGUGCACUUUAACUCACAGGUUGAUCAACUCACACAGAGGGUCGACGAUCAAAACAACCUGAUUGGCCAGCUACUCAGGUAG